UCCUUCAUGCUUCACAGACAGGCAAUGAAUGCCACCACAGAUCUCUUUGCUUUCCUUGCUUGCGUGCAGUGUGAUGUUUCGUUGUAGUCGGUUUCACUGCCCUGCCGGAAUGGAUUCCACCAUUCGUUGAUGGGAAAUCAGAGCAAACAUUUGGUACCCACCGCAGCAUCGCAGUAGUUCGUGCGGGGGUUUUGGGCACCUCGCCUUUUUUAGUCAAUCGUCAGCUCAAUGUCCGCGUAUUUGUUGUGCUGUGUCAUCUAUGCGGUGUAAUCUUAGCUACGACGCUUACGUUUGCUUCUGUCAAGGCAGCGAAUGACGGAGUAAGAAGAUACAGCGGACUUCGAUUGCACAGGGUUGGAGGUGAAUAGGAGCGUCAGGAACUGGGUAGUUGCAGGGAUCGUUGCUGACUUCGCGGUGUCCCGAGCGGGCUGUUUCAACCGAGUGUGAUGUGAUAAUUUCCGUUUCAAGGGAAUAGGUCAUGUAAGGGACAAUUUGAAUGAUAAGAGGACGACGCUGGGGCCACUUUACUAGUAUUGACGAGUAGAGGAGGGGGUAUUGUAGGUCUUGAGGUGCGGAGAGGUUUUGCCAAAUGGACACUUCGGUGAACUACCAUGCGCAACCGCAGUAUGAGGCGCCACAACCACCUCGGCGAUUUCACAGCCGUGUGGCGCAGAAGAUUGAUCGAUGGAUCUUCCUUUACAACGUUACGACGGGGCUCUACAUGCUGGACUGGUGGGAGCGCUGCAUCAUCAACACUGUCUUCCUCAUCUUCCUCGUCGUUGCUGGAUAUAACAGUAACCACUACUUGCAGAUGAUUGGUGCGGGGCUGUUGGCGUGGGUGUGGGGGGCUGACUCUGGCAGGGCUGGCCAAGAAGGGUUGCUUGCUGGCAGUGAUGAUGGAGGAGCUAAUGGAGUCAUGGGAGUUGGGAGUUGACGAUUUAGGGUUUAGACGGACGAUGUUUGUGGGUGAAGGUUAUGAGUUUCAAGUUACUUUGUAACAAUAGGUUUAUACUGUACGAUGGUGACUAUCAAUAUUUAGGGUUAGAAGAAACUAGGACUUAUCGAUCUGCGGGUGACGCUGAGUGGCACUGUUUAUCUCCACUCAGAUAAUUUGUAUUAUUUCAUGGAACAUAUCAUUUCAUGAGAAUUGUGUACAAUCUCCAUGAAACAUAGUUGCAGUUUUUUUUCGUA